AUGUAUGAUGUAGAUGGUAUAAACAUGUUGAAUGCCAAGGUAGAUUCUUUGGUAAAAAUGUUCAGUAACCUGGGUAAUGUGAAUUUUUUUUCUAGUCCUGUAUUGAGUUGUGAUUACUGUGGAGGAGCUCACAUGAGUGCUGAUUAUCAAGGUAACCAAGGUAGUAAUUCUAAACCUUUCCAUCCUCCUGGUUUUCAACCAAGACCACCCCAACCAAAAAGUAAGCAGCCUUGGGAGAUAGCUAUUGAGAAGUUAGCCAAUGUCAGUUCAGAGAGAUUUGAGAGGCUGGAAGCAAAGGUUGACCGGUUGGUGAGUGCCAACAGAAAUGUGGAGAUGCAAUUGGAGCUGUUAGCCAGUUCCAUCAAUUCUCGUGGACAUGAAAAUUUUCCUAGUAAGACAGAGGCCAAUCCGGAGGAGCAUUGCAAGACAAUCACCUUGAGAAGUAGUAAGCAACUUGGUCAGGUAAUUGGUGAGACUGUAGUUAGUGAUGAAGUAGACUAUGAAGAGGUGAGUAAGAAGGUCGAUGAAGAAGUUGAGGACCUAGCCAAGACACCAUCCCCACUACCACCAGUCAAACCUUAUGUCCCUCCCAUUCCUUUUCCUCAAAGGCUUAAGCAAAAUAAAAUUAAUCAACAGUUUGAGAAAUCUUUGAAAGUGUUUAGGCAACUUCAAAUUAAUAUUUCUUUUGUAGAUGUCUUAGCACAAAUUCCUGCCUAUACAAAGUUCCUAAAGGAGAUCAUGUCCAAAAAGAGGCAAUUAGAGGAUUUCGAGACCAUUGCAUUGACAGAGGAAUGCAGUGCCAUUAUCCAAAAUAUGCUUCCACCAAAGCUAAGAGAUCCAGGGAGUUUUUCUAUCCCUUGUACUAUAGGUGAUGUUAAUUUUUCUAAAGCCUUGUGUGAUUUAGGUGCUAGUGUUUCACUAAUGCCUUUAUCUCUGUCUAGGAAGCUUGGAUUAAAGGAGUUGAAGCCUAGUGCCAUCUCUUUGCAGCUAGCUGACCGAUCGGUGAAAUAUCCUUUGGGUGUUCUUGAGAAUGUGCUGAUCAAGAUAAACAAGUUUAUCAUUCCAGUUGAUUUUUUUGUGUUGGAGAUGGAAGAAGACACCGAGAUCCCUAUCAUUUUAGGCCGGCCUUUUCUAGCCACAGUUGGAGCUGUCAUAGACGUUAAGAAUGGUAGGCUGGUUGGUGAAGAAGAGGUAGAGUUUAAUUUAUUUGAAACUUCUAAACAUCCUUCUUUUUCUGAUCAUGUGCUUGAAAGACUUACUGGGUAUGCGUAUUACUGUUUUCUAGAUGGUUAUUCUGGGUUGAAGAAAGAGUUGGUGUCAGCACAAAUUAUGGCAGCCCCAAAUUGGAGUUUGUCUUUUGAGCUAAUGUGUGAUGCUAGUGAUUUCGCUUUGGUUGUUUUCUCGGCCAGAGAAAAUAUAGGAAGUUGCAUGUUAUAUAUUACGCUAUUCCAAGAUAGGAUGAUUAGAAUAUGUGUGCCCCAAGAAGAGAUGCAGGAUAUCCUUAACAAUUGCCAUUCCUUGGAGUGUGGUGGACAUUUCAGUACCUCCAAAACAGUUGCAAAGUACAUCCUGGUAGCAGUGGGUUAUGUGUCUAAAUGGGUUGAAGCUACUGCAACUCAGACUAAUGACUCUUGA